GCGUUUAUUAAAGAGGAGAGUGAAGACUUCAGGAUUGAAGAAGUUUUCAGUCUGAAACCAGAAGAUACGGAGGAACAAACAGAUUCCGGCCAAAAAAACACAACACGGGAGUGGGAGGGAAUGGGAGUCAUUCUUCUGGGAUCGGGACGGGAUUUUCCCCCAGUUUUUCUGUGGGAUUGGGACAGGACGGGAUUUUUUUUGUGGGAGUGGGACGGGAGAGGUUUGAAAAUCCACUCCCGUGUCACCCUCUAGUUUGGAACGACAUGAGGACUUGAUGGCGCUGAAAGAGCAGAGUGAAGAUCUGAAUGAAAACGAAGAGAAAGAUCUGAUUGAGAAACAUCAUGAUUUCAUAACUGAAGGAAAUUAUUUUAGUUGUUCACACACCGGAAAGACUUCCUCGCAAAAAAGCGCUCAAAAUGCUGAUACAAAAACUCAUUUCGUUUGCCAACAGUGUGGAAAGAGUUUCAAUAAAAAAAGAAACCUUAAAGACCACAUGAGAAUUCACACCGGAGAGAGGCCUUUCACCUGCCAACAGUGUGGAAAGAGCUUUGCACGGAAAAGCAGUCUCAAGAUUCACUUGAGAACUCACACUGGAGAGAGGCCAUUUGCAUGUAGUCAGUGUGGAAAGAGUUUCACACAUAAAGAAACCUUUUAUACUCACAUGAGUCUUCACACUGGAGGAAGCCCUUACACCUGCAAACUCUGUGGAAUAACCUUGAAACGAAAAGGAAAUCUUAAGACUCACAUGAGAAUUCACACUGGAGAGAAGCCUUUCACAUGUGAUCAGUGUCAAAAAUGUUUCACACGUAAAGGAAGCCUUAAUAAGCACAUGAGGAUUCAUUUCAGAGAGAGCUGUUUUAUAUGUCAUCUGUGUAAAAUGGGUUUCAAAGACAUGAAACGCCUUAAAAGGCACAUAAUAACUCACAUCGGACAGAAGCCUUUUUUGUGUCAUCGGUGUGGAAAGACUUUCACACAUGAAGGAAACCUCAAGAGUCACAUGAGAAUUCACACUGGAGAGAAGCCUUUCACCUGCCAACAGUGUGGAGUAAGCUUCACUGAAAAAAGAAGCCUUACCGACCACAUGAGAGUUCACACCGGAGAGAAGCCUUUUACCUGCCAACAGUGUGGAAAAAGUUUCACUCGGAAAGGAAGCCUUAAAGUCCACAUGAGAAUUCACAACAGAGAGAAGCCUUUCUCCUGCCCUCUGUGUGAAAAGAGUUUCAGACAUAAAAGAACCCUUAAUAUCCACACGAGAGUUCACACUAGAGAAAGGCCUUUCCCAUGUCUUCAGUGUGAAAAGAGAUGCACCAAAGAAAUAGAUCUGGAAAGACAUACGCAGUCUCAUUCUAGCAAGAAAUUCCCAGAAUGCUCCGAGUGUGGCAAGAUGUUUUAAAAAAAGAAGCAAAAAUCACGUCUGCCUUCACUCUGGAGAAAUUAGGAUACCCUUGGGUCCUUGAAAAGCAUGUAAAAGCAAUAAAUUCAGUUUCAACAGCUGUAAGUCCGCAAAAAGUCUUAAAUAUCACAGUGGGGCAAAGAAGUUUUAAAUGUUGGAGCAUUUUGGAGCUGUU